GCGGAAGUGGUGCGCAUCCACCAACUCAGGCGAGAGACGCGUGGUGUCAUGGCUGCCGACAGUGACGAUGGCGCAGUCUCAGCUCUAGCGGCGUCUGACGGCGGUGUCAGCAAAUGCUCAAAAUCUGAGAAGGAGCUGGUAGUUCAAGUUCCUGUGGUGGAUGUGCAAAGUGACAACUUCAAAAAGAUAUGGCCGUCCCUCCUGCUGGCUAUAAAGACAGCUAGUUUUGUGGCUGUAGACACGGAAUUGAGUGGGCUUGGCGACAGGAAGAGUCUGCUGAACCAGUGCAUCGAGGAACGUUACAAGGCUGUGUGUCAAGCUGCCAGGACCCGUUCUGUCCUCUCCCUGGGCCUCGCUUGCUUCAAGCAGCAGCCAGACAAGAGUGAACACUCAUACCUGGUCCAGGUGUUCAAUCUGACCCUACUGUGCGUGGAGGAAUAUGUCAUAGAACCAAAGUCUGUGCAGUUCCUAGUACAGCAUGGCUUCAACUUCAACCGGCAGUAUGCCCACGGCAUCCCCUACCACAAGGGCAAUGACAAGGGUGACGAGAGCCAGAGCCAGUCUGUGCGGACACUGUUCCUGGAGCUAAUCCGGGCCCGCCGGCCCCUGGUGCUACACAAUGGCCUCAUAGACUUGGUAUUUCUAUACCAGAACUUCUAUGCACACUUGCCUGAGAGCCUGGGAACCUUCACUGCUGACCUGUGUGAGAUGUUUCCAGCUGGCAUUUAUGACACCAAAUAUGCUGUUGAGUUUCAUGCCCGCUUUGUGGCCUCCUACUUAGAAUAUGCCUUCAGAAAAUGUGAGCGGGAAAACGGGAAGCAGCAGGCAGCUGGCAGCCCACAUCUUACCCUGGAGUUCUGUAGCUACCCUUCCAGCAUGAGGGCCCAUAUUGACUACCGCUGCUGCACAUCUCCUGCAACCCACCGUCCCCAUCCCACCAGCGUCUGUGACAACUUCUCGGCCUAUGGCUGGUGCCCCCUGGGAACACAGUGUCCUCGAUCCCAUAAUAUUGACCUCAUCAUUGACGCUGACGAGGCUGCGGUGGAAGACAAGCGGCGACGGCGGCGAAGGCGGGAAAAACGGCGGAGGGCUUUGUUGAGCCUGUCUGGGACACAGACCUCUGGGGAAGCUGAGGAUGGCCCUCCCGUGAAGCAGGUCUGUGAGGAUGGCCUCAAGGUUGAGGAAAUUGAGCAGGAGGUGGCUGAGAAUGACACUGCGAACCAACCUGGCUGUGAGGAAGAUCACAAAAAUGACUUAGAGAAGGGGGUUGAGGCAGCAAGGCCUGGAGGCACUGACAUGGCUACCCCAGAAGUGCCAGGCAGUCAAGCCAGUCCUAACUCAGUGCCUGGAGAUGGGCUGCACCGGGCUGGUUUUGAUGCCUUUAUGACAGGCUAUGUGAUGGCUUAUGUGAAAGUGAGCCGAGGACCCCAACCCUGCAGAUCUGGACCUUGGCUACCUGAAUGCCACAACAAGGUAUACCUGAGUGGCAAAGCUGUACCCCUCACAGUUGCCAAGAGCCAGUUCUCCCGUUCCUCGAAAGCCCACACCCAGAAGAUGAAGCUGACCUGGGAGAGCAGCUGACCCAACUUCUGCCUAGCACUCGGAGCCUAGGAAGAGUAGCUGAAGGUAGAACAACAGGGUUUGGCUCCUGGCAGAGAUAGUGCAUUGCCCAUGGACCUUUUCCUUUAUCCCAAAGGCUGAGGUACAAAGGUACAAAUAAGGCGGCUGAACAGCACCUGUAACACCAUCUUUUAUUUAUUUUUAAAUCUGAAAGUGUCUUGAGAAAGUUAAAAAAAAAAUCAACAGAAACAAGCUAUGAAAAUAUUUGACUAGCUUCAUCUUUGGUUAUUUCUUAUUGCGGCUCUGUAAGGACAGACUAUUCCCAUAGCUCCAGCCAUAGCAGGAAGGGAAGAAAAUCGGUCCAUGUAUAAACCAUUUAACCAGUUGGUGUAUCACGUGUUGACAAAUACAUAAAGCAGGCCCUAGGGCCUACAAAACCAGCCCACUCCCAACCACAAGGUUGAAAGUCCUAAGGGCAGAACAUUAAGACUCCAUCAUAAAUAGGAAAAUAGAUUAAUCAAUUGGAAAAGGUCUUUGAGUAGGUUAGCUAAGAGCCAUGACCACUACACGUUGCCUUGCCCUCCCCUUGCAUAGAAUUGUAGUGAUGUGGUCUGACCGUGCAGUAAGUGCAAACAGCAAUUAUUCAAGUGUCUUAGACAUACUGGCAAGAAGCGCCCCAGUCUUCAGGUCUGAGAAACAGCCAUGCCCUUUAUGGCCUCCUGGUCAGCUCCAGGUUCUGUCCAGUAGCUUAUAUGCCCCAGGAAAGGGAAAGAGACAGACCUGGGAUGGAAAAAGAACCUGGGGUAAUAGCUGCCUGCCAGCUUAACCUAGAACUAGGAGUCCUCUGGUCCUGUCUUGGGAAAUGCAUUGGGGGGUCAUGUGGGAGCUAGAGCUCCUUGCUGGAUUUCAGAAGCUUGGUAUCAGCUGUUGGCCCUAACUAGGAAGGCCUCUCACUUCUACCUCUCCUCUCAUACACAGCCAUUAGGCAUUGGGAACCCCAGAGUUGAGCUUGGCCUGACCUAGCCUACCUGCUCUAUGGGCUCCC